CUAUAUAAACAAGGCAGUUCGGCUGCUAGAGGCCAGACAGCAAUAUUGCCUGGCUGAAGGGCUGCUGCGAAUGACCUGGAGGGAGAAAUCUCUCUGACACCACCCACGGUUGUUCUCGAGAAGCUGGGAGAAACAGAUCGUUUCCCUUCAAGGAUCAUGCUGAGAAUUUUACCUGUCAGCAAACAACCCGAGUGCCUUGGAGUGAGUUACAAUGCAGCAAAGACAACAGCAGAAAUCUGUAUAUGGGAGUUGUUCAUCGGAGCACACUGCAUACCCUAUCUCUAACAGAGUCUUGCGUUAACUCGAGGACGCCUAAGGCUGUACAUUUGCCAUUGCUUCUGUGUCCAGUUUAUAAAUGCUUGUUUCUCUCCGGGAAUUGCAUCCUUACACCUGCACCACUCCCCUGCUCAGCAGCCAGGCCUAGUCUGCAGACAAGCAGCAUUAUGACCUAGAAGGUGGUGAUUGGCUGAAAACACCGACUGCUUGCCAGUCCCGCUGAACCCUCCCUCUGACUUGGCCAGGCUGACGGUUACGAGUGCCAACUGCCAUUUGCAGUUUAUUUCAGAGGUAGCAAUCCACUGACUCAGAAAAAAUGGUUGAUCGUCUCUUGGGAACUUGGAAAUCAACCUCUUGUGAAAAUUUUGAUGAAUAUAUGAAAGAAUUAGGAGUGGGCUUAGCCACCAGGAAAUUGGGUAGGCUGGCCAAGCCCAGCAUGACAAUCAGUGCUGCAAGAGAUGUAAUAACCAUCAAAACCAAGAGUGCUUUUAAAAAUAAUGAGAUUUCCUUCAAGCUUGGUGAGGAGUUUGAUGAAACCACACCAGAUGACCGGAAAACCAAGAGCAUUGUGACCUUAGAAGAUGGUUCAUUAAAUCAGGUCCAGAAUUGGGAUGGCAAAGAGACUACAAUAAAAAGGAAAGUGGUGGAAGGGAAAAUGGUGGUGGAAUGUACCAUGAAUGAUGUCACUUGCACUAGGAUCUAUGAAAAAGUGUGAGGAAAUUCUUUCACAGCCUACUAGACUGGCACCCACAAUAUGUUUAACUAUUAUAUGUACUUAAUAAAAAGCAUCCAAAUGCGG